AUGGCGUUUGCAGUUUCUACGUCGCUCGGCCACGCCGGAGUCGUCGGCAAGAUCGAAGAUGGGAGCUAUAUUGGCCUGAGGCAAUCUACCACUCGGAAAUUAAGCUUUUCUCUGUGCCGGAUCGGGGUUCGAGGUCACACUGCAAUUAGGGCAAGCGAGGACCGUUCCGCCUCUCUGAAAACUUCUGGAUUGACCAAUGAAGAAUGUGAAGCCGCUGCAGUGGCUGGAAACUUCCCUGCUCCCCCACCCUUUGUUAGACCCCGGGGGCCCCAGGGAACACCCAAAAUUACGCCCCUGGUGAGUCCUCCCUUCAGAAAUAUAUAUAUUUUUUCUCAUCGUUGAAAUUCCUUUGUCCUUUGCAUUCUGAAUUAGGCACAACUGAUGGCAUCUUAGUUCAUUUAAUGUGGAUUUUUUUGCUUUAAGAGAUGAAUAUUUUAAAGAAUAACUAGUUUUUUGGAAGAAUCCCUUCAAUCUCUUCAGCCGUAGAAUGGAGAUGAACAAAUCACUAGGGCUCCUCUUGUUUAGUGAUAUAUAGGAAGGCAUAAUCUUCGGUUCUUCUGUUUAUUGAACUUUUUGUCUGGGAAAAUUGGUUUAUGAUGUUAUUUUUUUCCCUUUCAUUUAAGGAUCUUAUCAAGCGACCUCGCCGUAAUCGGAAGUCACCUGCCCUUAGGGAGGCCUUCCAGGAAACUCAUCUAUCUCCUGCAAAUUUUGUGCUUCCCCUGUUCAUCCAUGAAGGUAGUGACUGAUUAAGUGAUCUAUAAAUUUAAAUAUGUUUUUUAUCCAUUCUUUUUAAUAGCUAAAUAGCAAUGAGGUUUUUAUUGUGCUGCAAUCUUCAUAUAUUUUGACCUUCCCAAGGCUAACCAAUCUUUGUUUAUUAUAAUUGAAGGUGAAGAGGACACUCCGAUUGGAGCCAUGCCCGGAUGCUUCAGGUUGGGUUGGAGGCACGGCCUUCUUGAUGAGGUAUUGGCAUCAACUGUUUCAUCAUUAUCCACCUAAAAUACUUUUUUAAUCAUAUUUUCUUGCGGAAUUCCGGGAUUAUCCAGAGUUAUUUAAGGUCAGGGAUAUUUAAGAAUUUAUCGUAAUUAUAAGAAUCGUUACUUUUAUGAAAAGAGAUAGUUGAUGAAAAACUGUUAAAGAUAAAAGCACAGGAGAGAGCAAAGGGAAAACGAAUAAGAAAGAAAAUAUCAUAUAUGAAAACUAUCCGGAGCUAAUGCAUUCCAGGGAAUUAUCAGAUAGCGCUUGUACUGCACCCCUUUGGACUGAGCUGUCGUAAACAAUACCACGAACUGAUCUUGCCUUGAAGAUCUUAUUAGGAGGAAAUGGAGAAAAUGAAGGAAACGUAGGUUGAGCGAAAAAGAUGACCAAUGAACGAACCAGCAGGAGACCUCAAGGUCUGUCUGUUUGAAGCUCUCGCUGGUAGGGAAGUUGAUAAUAAUGAUACUUUAUGUCUUCAGCAGAAGCGCCUGUGAAUGAACUAAAACUUGAGAUUUUGACAUGAGCUCUGAUUAGAGAUGGAAAAUUAAAGGAGACAAAUUGCUUUUGCACCUUGACAUUCUCAACCAAUUUACCAAUUUUCGAGGAUGAUUUUUUUUAUUUCUCAAAAUACCUGUUUUUUUAGUUGAAUGAGAUGGGUUCCGACUCUCCAUGAGAGUAACAUAGUGUGACGAAAUGCAUAUCAAAGAUGGGAAGGAAGAAGGUUGUAGUUCAGCCGGGUCUUCCAUCCAUCAUCUUCCCGUUCUUUAUCACACUUUCUUGGCGGUAUUGCCAGUGAAGAAAUCUUCCCAACUAUAUUCUAAUUAUUGAAGUGGGUGGUGAUUCAAUGUCUUACUGAGGCGGAAAGCUCCCUGAUUCAACUGGACAGUCACAUAAAAUGCUCAUCAUCUAUGUCCCGCCAUGUCAUUACUAGUCAUUAACACUCUUGGGUAUUAAACACUGAUGCUUAUGCAAGAAAUAAAGUUAUUUAAUGUGCUCAAGAUGUGUAUCUACCCAUUGGUUCGAAUGAAGCUUGAUGAAUGGUAUAAUAAAAGUUUCCCUUGUGAACAAAUAGCGCCUAAGAUUAUCUUAUGCAGGUUUACAAAGCCCGAGAUGUUGGCAUCAACAGCUUCAUACUCUUCCCCAAAGUUCCUGACGCACUGAAGGUAGCAUGAUUUUUAUCCUUAGUCCGGUCUCCCUCGCAUGUAUCAAAGUUUGAAAUAAAAUCAAUCCACAUUUUCUAUGCAGACUCCAACCGGGGACGAAGCAUAUAAUGACAAUGGUCUUGUCCCACGCACCUUACGCUUGCUCAAGGACAAAUUCCCUGACAUUGUGAGCGUGCAGCCUCAAAUUUGUGCCCCACAUAUUUAACUCAAUUUGAUGCCGCAGUUCGUGGAGUUCAUAGAUGCUUAUUUCCAGGUUAUCUACACGGAUGUUGCAUUGGAUCCCUACAACUCCGACGGCCAUGAUGGCAUUGUGAGGGAAGAUGGUAAGUUUUUUUCUUUGGCAGGGUGAAUUCGGAAUCAUCUCUGCAGGAUGAUUUGGCUUGUAGAUUAAAAUUAUACUUUCCCCUUUUUUGCUCGCAAAAAAUACUUGAUACCGAUUUAUGUAGAAUGAACUGGAUAAGUGGAUUUUUUUUAUGAGUUUCGUUCUGUUUCAUAGUUUUUACAAUUAAAAUGAUUUCAAGCAUGACUGAGAGUCUAUGCUCACAAUAGAACAAACAAGAUUUUGGUUAGAACAUUAAAAUAAUGAAAAGGAGGAUGCUAUUUUGGUGGUCAUAUCUUCAUCAAAAAGGUCUGUUUAAACUUGACCAUGUGGCCAAAUCUGCAGCCCUUCAACAGUUCUAGGGGAAAAGGACUAUUUUUUUUCCAAUGCUGAUUAAUCCACACAGCACAGCCCAUCGUUCAGUUUGUUUCUACGUGAAAAAGAUAGUUUCGACAAGUUAUUUUUCCAGUCUCUAGGUUUUACUUAAUCUCUUGGCCGUUCAGUCUGAUUCCAUGUGAAAAAAAAAACUUGAACGUAAUAUUGUUCCAGUUUCUGGCUUUUAUCUGUAUCUACAUUGUUAGAAGAGCUUUAAUGCGGUCCAUAUAAACUUGUUGGUAUCUUGGUUGUCAGGUUAAUUAACAUUUAUUUUCCCUUUUCAGUAAAUAAGUCAUUACUGCGGUCCCUUAUCAAAAGCAUUGCAAGUAGAUACAUGUACUGACAAUAUUUCUUGAACUGGCUUCAGGGGUCAUCAUGAAUGACGAGACAGUUCAUCAGCUAUGCAAGCAAGCUGUUUCUCAGGUGAUCCGAGCGUAGUAGUUCCUCCCUAGCCUCUGAUUUGUCAAACCCUUCCUUCAAGCAACCUCUGGUUCAUGGCCGUUCUAAGUACUCUUUCCUAUCUUGGUCAACGCUUGCUGGAACUAGGCUCGAGCAGGGGCCGACGUUGUGAGUCCCAGCGACAUGAUGGACGGGCGCGUUGCAGCAAUUCGAGCGGCUUUAGAUGCCGAGGGAUUCCACGACGUAUCAAUCAUGUCUUACACUGCAAAGUGAGCCUCUGCUUCUCUCUCUCUCUCUCUCUCUCUCUCUCUCUCUCUCUCUCGCUAAAAUCUUCUCACUCAUUUUGAGCGAAAUCGAAAACGGCAUCUUUAACCUUCUCCAAACUAUUCUUUCGAAACAGGUAUGCAAGUGCAUUCUACGGUCCAUUCAGAGAGGCUCUCGAUUCAAAUCCUCGCUUUGGUGACAAGAAAACGUGAGCACCAUCAGCCUUCAUUGGUCCCUCUCUCUCUCUCUCUCUCUCUCCUCUUCCCAAUUUUUUUAUGUUGUUUAUGAUCAUUUUCUCCUUCAUCUAGGGAAAAAAUAAAUGAUCGGUGUUGCUUAUAGUUUUUUUAUCCUCUUAUCUUGGUAAACCAAAAAAAAAAAAAAAACAGCUAUCAGAUGAACCCAGCGAAUUUCCGGGAAGCCCUGAUAGAAACGCACGAGGAUGUGGCCGAGGGUGCUGAUAUCCUUUUGGUGAGUCCCUGCAUUUAGUAAACAUUUACUGUUCAUCUUGAAGAAUUUUGAAGAGCAUGAUCGGUCUGGGUCUGUGUUGAGAAAAUUUUCUUAUUUUGGCAACAGGUUAAACCAGCUCUACCCUACCUGGAUAUUGUGCGGCUUCUCCGACAAAACUCUGCUCUACCCAUUGCGGCUUAUCAGGUACCUCAGUUGUCUUCCACGUCCCCGUUGACUUCUACGCUGACACUUGAGGAGGAUUUCAUCUCCCUCCCUUUCUCUCUCAUUUGAUUUAAAGAGGAUUCGCCGCCUCGCGGCGGAUCCUUGUUGGUCGUUCACUCAGGGAACCUAUCUUUUGUUCUCCGGCAUCUUCCAAGCGAGAGUCAACCUUGAGUGGUUCAUGGGCCACAACCUCUUCACCUUUAUGCUUCAUUCAUCCCGCUCUGGAUAUAUCUUGAUCCGACUUUCUGAUCCAUUAUUUUCCUCCAAGGGCCCCGUUCUACAUGUUCUUACGCCCGAGCUUGUUCUCGAUUCGUUUCCUCAUCCAUGGCGGUCGAUCUCCUCUCAGGUCUCGGGGGAGUACUCCAUGAUUAAAGCCGGCGCUGUUCUGAAGAUGAUCGACGAGGAGAAGGUGAUGAUGGAGUCGCUGAUGUGCAUAAAACGCGCCGGCGCCGACGUCAUCCUCACUUACUUCGCUCGCCAGGCGGCGAAUGUUCUCUGCGGGAUGAAGUAG